GUUGCUAUGGAGACUCAAACACUUGGAUGUAUCUAUCUAUGGCUCUAGAGUACUUGGUGUGACUACUGUAGCCUCUUCUUUCUUUCUUUUUGCUAAUCAAUAGACGCCAUGCACGCUAAGCAUCAAGGUCCCCUUGAAAGCUACAACAGUCUCACUGAUGAGAAUUUGGCGGGUUAUUUCGCCUCCUCUUCGAGGCGGCACUACCUCCAAAGGAUGGGGCUGAUCACUCAAGAUGGCCGUGUCUUGGAUGAGGAGACUAUCCGUCGCUAUCAUGCUAGGAAUGAGCACAGGGCCAGGUCAAAGCAUGCAAUGUCAGAAGCACUUGUCAAUAGAGUCGUUGAGCUAGAGAAAAAACGCCGUGCAGUGUUAAAGAAAAAGAUGGAGACACUCUCUAAAUUGGAGCUAGCGGAGAAAGUAAAGCAUGAAGCUAGUUACCCUUUGGGUGUGGCUUUACUCGGUCCCUCAAACUCAUGCCCACCUCAGCUCUCGUCGACACUAAAGAAGCGCCAGGAAGAACUGGGUCUCUCGGAGAAGCAGUUCCUCCAACUGAACCACAUGGUUAACACCACAAAGUCUCUACCCACGUCUUAUAUCAGUCCUUAUGGCAGAGUACAUCCGCCAGUACCCCCUCCACCUACAGCAGCAUCACGUACUACCAACAUGCAGAUUAGGAGUGGGCGUAUAAGAAGACCACAGACCGCCCCAGCUGUUUCUGAGAUCAACAUGCGAACUAAUGUUGAGCUGAGGUUCGAGUAUUUAGGAGGUGGCAUCAAAUUAAUGUCCGUUUUUGAUCCACGCGUGUACGUUGAAGUUCAUCAGCAGCACUGUGGUGGCAACAAUAUUUGCUUAUUUAAGGGAAAACUCCUGGCUAAAGAUCAAUUUACUGUAACUUCAAAGAGACACUAUGGAAUGCCUUUUGGGAUGUCACUCUACGUCAACGGACUCAUUAACUGUCGCAUCAGCUCUUGCUGCGAGUACAAACACAAGCAAGGACAGGUUUUGGGCGGUGGGAAAUCCUCCGCUAACUUUCGCCUCUUGAAAGUCGAGGGAGGUCAGCCGUGCUACCUCUGCAAGUUUGGACAUGCAAAUCAGUCAAAACUCUUCCCUCCAACAUUUAAACCUAAAACUACGCCUGUGAAGACAACAAUGAAAAUUGAAGAAGAACUAAAGACAAAUGGAAAGGAGGAGGAGGAAGAAAGAGUGGAGGAUGGGAAAACAGCAGAGGAAGAGAAAUUGUCAGAUGAUGAAUACGAUGAUGAAGAUUUCGAACAAGAGGAUGAUGACGAGAAAAAAGAUGAUGAUGAAGAAAUAGAUGGACAAGAAGAGGAAGAGAGAGGAGAAGGAGGAGAAAAAGAGGAAGAAGAAGAUGAAGAUAAAAGGGAAGAAGAAGGAGGGGGAGCAGGAGGGGAGGCUUACUCAUCAGAUUUUGAUUCACAACAAAGUCAAGAAGAAGAAAGAAAAUCCUCGAAAGCAUCUACACUCACUUCUCUCUCCCGUGCAUCACAAAACUCACCCUCUCCACCACCACCUCCUCGCAGUGAGAGCACGUCAGGAUCAUCAAAAAGUAGUAGUAGGACUCCUUCUCCGUCUCACAAGGAAAAAGAUGAGCCUGUACCUCUUGAAGUGGCCAAAGAGGUUGUGAAUGUUGAAGAGAAUGGAGAGCUGUUUAAUGCCAUGGAUAAGGAAGAGAUAAUAAGAGGGAAAGACAAAGAGAAGGAGGAAGAGAAAGAGAAAGAGGAAGAGAAAGAGAAAGAGGAAGAAAAAGAGAAGGAGGAUGAAAAGGAGAAGGAGGAAGAAAAGGAGACAGAUAAAGAUAAGGACAAGGUGGAAGUCAAGGCUGACAAAACUCAAGAAAAAGUUGAGAGCCUUCAAGACAUAGCCUCAGAGACAAAAGUGGCAAAUAAACCUCCAAAGGAUGGUGACAGUGAUAGCCAGUUGUUAUCAGAUGAUGCCAUGAUAAAGGAAUAUCUUAAUCAAGUACUGAGAAGAGCUCAGUCGUACAUCAGUAGAGAGCUAAACAUUGCAGAAUUGGAUGAAAAUGAUGAAAUACAAGAAAGCAAGAAUGAAUUCAUUCCUGCUACUGAGAGUGAUGGAACUGACGUAUCUUUAAAAUUUGUUUCUUCCAAGCAGAAUUCACCAUCUUCCUCUUCUUCCUCUUCCAGUGUUUCUUCUACCCAUGGUAUUGAGAGUGGAAGGAAGAGUCGGUUGGGAAACCACAGUAGCAAAGAGGAAGAGAAGAAUACUGACGAGUCAAGCAGAGACGAAGCGUCAAAACCAGAUGAGUCGUCAAGUUCUAGUUCAUCUCAGACUGACGUCAAAAAGAAAUCUCCUUCGUCACGCCCAAGCUCUGCAUCAUCCAAAGACAAUGAAAGAAUUGAAGAAGAAGAAGUACAAGUAAAAGAGUCGGAAUAUGUUGAAUCCUCUCCUCCUCUUCCUCCUCCUGAACCUAAUGAAGAAGGAAAUAAGAAUGGUUCUGUUAGUAAAUCUUCUCUUCAUAAGAAUGGUUCUGUUAGUAAAUCUUCUCUUCAUUCAUCUUCCUCUCAAUCAUCUUCUCGUAUUCAAAAAUCUACCGAAAAAGAAGAGACACCCGAGACAAAGAUGGAAAAUGCGACACCUCCUACUUCCCCUCCUAAUGACUCAUCUCCUCCUCCUACUGAAGUAGAAAAUAAACAAGAAUCUGAAGAACAAAAAGAAUCAGAAGUCUCAGACAAUAACCAUUCUUCUGAGUCAGCAAAUCCCGAAGGUGCAAAAGAGAAAGAGCAAAUAGUUUUAGAUGAGGCACCUCCUGCACAAAUAGAAAAUGAAGUAACAGAGAAAGAACCAGACAAGGAGUCUGUGACUAGUGGACUCUCUCCUCAAAAAACACCAGAUCAUGAAGAAGCAAAGCAGACAGAAGUUGUGGAUAGCAAGCCUUCUUCUCCUCCCCCUCCUCCUUCAACCUCAUCCACAGCUCCUGAGCCAGAAGACAAUUUUAAAAAGAAGGAAACUCGUGUUCGAAUAGUUUCGCCUCCUCCACGUUCACCUUCUUCAUCUCAUUCUUCUUCUGCUCCAUCAUCAGACUCUGAUAUUAAUAAAGAUAAGUUAGCCAAAGAAACAAAAAAUGAAGAGCAGAAACAAGAUACUCAAGUAGACAAUGAUGAGACUGGCCCUACAGAGGACUUCGCAAAAGUAGAAGACAAAGCAGCUAGUGAGGUAGCUAAUGAGGAAACUGCAUUGGUUGAUAAAACAGAGGAGAAAGGGUCUGUGGAAGGAUUAGAAGAGAAAGGAGGGCAACCAGUAGCUGAAGGUGAAGAGAAAAACAAACAAGAAGAGGAAAAAUCACCCGUGGAAUUGAAUGAAGGUGAAAUGGAAGAAGUAAAAGAAGAGGCUAGUGGAAAUGAUAAUGAAGGGCCAGAGGGCAAAGAAAAGAUUUCAAACUCUGAGGAAAGAAGCAAAGAGCCAACUGAUGAAGGAGCAAUUGAAGAAAAGACUGAUAGUGAAGGUAAAGAAGGAGAGAAAGAAAGUUCAGUUGAUGGCUCAGCUCAAGCAGUAGAGCAACUUGAAGCUGAUAAAAAGGAGAAUGAAGAGAAAUUGGAAAGCAAUGGACAGGAUGGGCCAGUAGAAUCCAAUACUCAAAAUGAGGUCAAGGCAAUGGAACUAGCAGAGUCUUCAAAGGAAAAUGAAGAAAUAAAAUCAAACAGCAAUGAGGUUAUACAAGAAAACCAAGGAACCACAGAACUUGGAGAGACUGAGAAGAAAGAGGCAGUGGAUGAUGGAGCUAAAGAAGACCAACCUAGCAAGACAGAAGAGGAGGAGGAAGGAAAGUCAUCUAGACGAGGAUCAGAAAUCAUCUCACAAAUUGAUCGAAAUAAAGAUACUGUUAAUAAUUCUGUAGAUACCAAUCAAAUAAAAGAUCAAGAUGAGAAAGGUCAACAGAAUCAAGAUACUAGUACAAAUUCAAUCGAAAGUAAAAAACAACCAACUAAUUCUUCUUUGUCUGUAAGUACUUUCAGUGUAUAGUCUUUAACAAAAAUAAUUAUUUAAUUAUUAUUCACACAAUCAAAACUUUGCAAUUAUUAUGUCAUUAUUGUUAUAAUUAUAAUUAUUAUUUUACUAAUAUAAGCUUUACAAAAAAACAGCAAUCGUUAGUAACCUA